AAAACUCACAUUGUAUAAGUUUUAUUAAUAUAAUGGCAGUCGCGUCAUCGAUCUUUCAUAAAAUUAAUUUCACAAAAAUUGUUAUAAGAUUUGUAUGGUUUAUUUCUACUUAAUUCUACACUAACUGACAAUUUAAAUAAGCAUUCACAAACAAAAAAAACAAAUAAAACUAGAUUUGUAAGUAAAUAUUUGUCUUGAACAUAUUAUUAUCUUCAUCUGUCAACCGUUCAGUAGCACCAAACUCUCGACAGUAUAAGCAUUAUUAGAGAAAAUAAUAGUUAAAAUUGACGAUUGCAUUAUCCAACAAGAUUUCUUCAAAAUUAUUUCAAUAAGAAGUACAUUCUAUUUUUAUUUUAUCAAGAAAGCAACAACAUAAGGUAUCUUUUUUAAAAGUAUUAAAACGCAUUUUAGUAUCUCUUGACCGAAGCCGAACAUUAAUAAAUCUGAUGUUAAAUAUUACAUUAAUUUAUAACUUUUUAUUUAAGUUGUACAAAUUUAUAGAAAAUAAUUGUGAUUUUUAACUCUUUCUCAGGUUAUAAUUCCAAAUAUCAGAAAAUUGAAUAAAAUAAAUUACACGUAAAUUUAAAUAUUUUUUUAAUGUAAAUUUAAGAAAGUACUCAUAAAAGUGCUACGACGUAGAUUGAGUUUCUUGACAAUUAUAAUAAUAUUUUAUGUAACAACAUUAAUUGGAAAAAUGAUUGAGUUCAAAAUAUCCGCACCAAAUAGAUUGAGUUUAUUCGGUGAAUACGCAGUGAAGUAUGGUAAAAGAGGUUUAAUGGCCAGCAUGGAUAUACGUACAACGCUGACAUUCAAGGAACUCUCGAAUUCGCAUUCCAGCAGUAUGCUUCAAAUUGAACUCCCUUCAUUUUUCUCAUUCUUUCAAAUAUCUUUACAUGAAUUUCAAAAGUUAUAUGACAAUUGUACCGAGAAUAUUGAACUUUUGCGUGAAAAAGUACUACAAUAUACCAACGACUAUGUAUUCCCAGCCCAUAAAACAAUUGUACAAAUACUUUAUUAUUUGCUUGUCUAUAUUACCUACGAAGAGCAGAUCGAAAUGAAACCUUUUACUAUGCAUUUAUCUACGAAAUUAACGAUGGCUAAGAAUUUGAUUAUCUGUCCAGCAUCAUUUACAGUAUGCAUUGUAUAUCGGAAUUUGUGCUUAUUGCUUUAUAAUUUAUAA